GCAUGGCCUGCAGUUCACCUACCUGAAUUUGAAGCAACAACCAAUUAUAUAAGCAGAAACAAUUGUAGAACAAAAAAGUACUACUUUCUACUUUUCUCUCUGUUUCUAAGUAAAUGGCAAAAGGAGGUGGAGAUUUGGUAGGCCCUUAGUCUGAGCAUUGCUAAGGUUUUCAGAGCACUUCAGAGGGGAUCCUUCCUGUCGUCUUCUAGGUCCUUGGGGGGAACUGUUUCAUUCAAACCUGUACUGUGUAUAAGAUUUUGAGAGAUUCUAAUCAUAGUAUUGGCAUCAUGCAAAGCCUGAUGGAGAGACUAAGACCCCUUGUGGGUAGUAAAAGCUGGGACUAUUGUGUUCUAUGGAAAUUGAGCCAAGAUCAGAGAUGUGUUGAAUGGAUGGACUGCUGUUGUGCUGGGACUGAGAAUGGGCAAAAUGGUGGAGAAGAACUUGGGUUUCCUGUUUCUCAAGUCAUUCCAUGUAGGGACACUGCAUAUCCACACCCAAGAGCCAGUUCUUGUGAUCUUCUUGCUCAGCUGCCAUGUUCUGUGCCUCUAAAUUCUGGGGUUUAUAUACAGACACUGCUAUCAAAUGAACCUAAAUGGCUACUCUUCUCCAAUGCCAUGGAUUCAACCGCACUGGAUGAAACAGCGGGAACCAGGGUGUUAAUUCCAUUUCCAUUUGGACUAGUGGAGCUGUUCGUCGCUAAACAUGCAUCUGAAGAUCAGCAUGUCAUAGAUUUUGUAACAAUUCAAUGCAGCAUUUCUGUUGAGCAAGAAGCCAUUAUUAAUUCAAGCAACAUGGAUACAAGUUUCUCUGUUGAUGUAAAUGCAACAAACGAAAUCCAAUCAAAGCCGUUUGUAGCAGAUCGGAAUGCUGUUCUAAAAGAUCCUGAAAUUCAAUUUGAGGCACCAGAUUCCGCCGCACCAACAUUAGAAAACGCCAAUGUGGGUUAUGAUAUCUCAUUAGACAGAAUCCGCCUCUGCAGUUCUCCUAUGAAUUUCUUGCAACAGUUCAAUUAUAGCUCAGAAAACAGAAAUAAGAACGAAAUUUUCAAUGAAUGCUCACAGGAUUCAUUCCUUACGGCUAAGCAGGGAAACCCUUACAAGUUUUCAGCUGAAAAUGAGUUCCAAGAGGUGGAUACGAUGCAGGGGUCCUUAAUGAACACAUCAAACAUUCAUGUGCAGUUAAAGGAGAACAGUGAAUGCAAAGAGCAGCAAGGGGAAGAAAAGGACUUGGUCAAACAUGAAAAUGGAAGGUCUGAUUCAAUCUCCGAUUGCAGUGAUCAGAUCGAUGACGAAGAUGAUGCAAUCGCAAAGUACCGCCGGAGGACUGGGCAGGGUCCUCAAUCAAAGAACCUUGUUGCUGAGAGGAAGAGAAGAAAGAAACUCAAUGAGCGGCUGUAUAAUCUCCGAGCAUUGGUUCCCAAAAUUUCUAAGAUGGACAAAGCCUCAAUACUUGGUGACGCAAUUGAUUUUGUGAAGGAGUUGCAAAAGCAAGUCAAGGAACUCCAAGAUGAACUGGAAGAACAUACAGAUGAUGAAAACGGUAAAACUGUAGUUUCAGGAAACAAUGGAAACCAAAAUAGUGUCGUCCAACUACCCGAGUUUCUGAGCCAAAAUGAUAAAGCUCAAAACAGUUACCAUAUGGGAGUACUGGGAAGUGGAAGUAUUUUGAAGCAAAAUCAUCAGGACACUGAAGGUACUAACAAUGACAAGACACAACAGAUGGAGCCGCAAGUGGAAGUGGCUCAGAUUGAUGGGAACGAGUUCUUUGUUAAGGUUUUCUGCGAGAACAAGCGAGGCGGGUUUAUGAGGUUAAUGGAGGCCUUAAAUGCUCUUGGCUUGGAAGUAACAAAUGCAAAUGUGACCAGCUAUAGAGGCCUCGUAUCUAAUGUUUUCAAAGUUGGGAAGAAGGACAGUGAAAUGGUUCAAGCGGAUGAUGUAAGAGACUCCUUGCUGGAGAUAACAAAGUACCCAUGCAGAGGGUGGGCAGAAAUAGUCAAGGCACCAGAGUGCAUUGGAAGCCGCAUGGAGCCCAACCCCCACCCCCACCCCCACCAGCACCAGACCCAGAAUCCAUUUCAAGACAAAGCUAUCAUCAAUUCACGCCUCCAUCUCCUUAAUGAUUAACUCCUAGUUCUUCUUCCCUCCUUAUACUCAAGCAAAAGCACCGAAUACAGACUAUAGUUAUUUGUUCUCUCUAAUACUUUGUAGUACAUCCACCCUAAUAAACAAUGAUGAACACGCAAA